AUGCUGGCAAUCGAAGGAACCAUACAACCAAAGAAGGACAAAGGACCAGACGUCACAAUAUCCUUCAACCAAACAGACUUCAAAUCGGCAAGCCCUAACCUCGACGACCCUGUGGUAAUUUCAAUCCAGGUUGGAGAUCUGUUGGUAAGAAAAACAUUGUUAGAUCCAGGUAGUAGUGCUGACGUUUUAUUUUACUCUACGUUUACUAAAAUGAAAUUAUCAGAAAAAUUGAUACAACCCUCCUCUGGAGAGCUAAUUGGGUUCUCCGGAGAGAGAGUCCCCAUCAUGGGACACAUAUGGCUAAAGACCACAAUGGGAGAGAUCCCUAUGGCAAAAUCAAUUGAUAUUCAAUACCUAAUAGUAAACUGUUACAGCCCUUAUAAUAUUAUACUUGGGAGACCCGCACUGAACACAAUCAGGGCAGUGGUAUCCACAUUACAUCUGUGUGUCAAGUUUCCAGUGCAGGAAAACAAGAUCGCUGCGGUGUAUGCCGACCAUCAAGAAGCUCGGCAAUGCUAUAACGCUGGUCUAAAACCAGUACAAACAAAACAGGAAGCUCGACCCCAGGUCCAAGCCAUCCAAACGUCUGCCAACACAGCGACACUAGCCGAUCUUGACCCUAGGGAAGACCUCGGCGAAAGACCUCGGCCAAUGGACAAUCUUCAAUAA